AAAUAAAUAAAAUAAAUAAAAAACCGGGGCGAAAAGCAACAUGUGCGCACAACGACCCUCCGGAUGUGCGUCACCACUGUGGUAUAUGCGUAUAAAAAUAUUUGUUCUCGCGGGUCAUCGUCUGCAAAAAAAUUCUGAAGUUUUUCCGUCCGCUUGGCAACGAGGUAAAAUCCGAACGGACCGAAAACUACGGCAACGGACGCGACGUCGACCGGACCGGACCGCGUAAAAUUACGCGAGAACGUUCUCUUCCUCGAUCGGAGUAAAAAGAGGAGAAAGAAAUGCGAAAAGGGCAGGCUGUCGUUGGUCGGCCUUUGCACCGAAACGACGACUUCCGAUUUUUUACCCAAAAAUUCACCCCCACCUUAAUAAAAUAUUUACUCACAGUCAAUCGUAUGAUUUGAUUCAGAAAUUUUUUGCUCUACUCGAUUUUUUAUGUUGAUAUAAACAAAACAAAAGGAAAAAGAAUGAAAAAAGUUUCGAGUCGCGGCGGGUAUUCCUUAAAUUAAUUUACCGAAGUGCUCGGAUUUCAGCGACGUUUUUUUCUUUUUACAUUUUUUUUUUUUUUUUUUUUUUUUUCCGGGCUUCUCUUCUCAUCGUUGAAAUACGCCGUUAGAUUACUCCGCGGUGUACGCGAAAGUCGUGAAAAAUGAUUACACUCAAUGAAGCUGGAAAUUCGGAUCGAGUAUAAUUGAAAAGCGUUAAACGAUACGGAGGUACAACGGUUACAGCCAGCCAUCUUUGAUACAAAGGGUCGCAACGGGAACGAGCUAGAAAACAGUACGAUAAAAACGCGAUGCCCAACAACAACAAAGGCGUGACGAUCUGCGGCUGCGGCCUGGCUCUGGACAAUGUAACCAAGGGUCGAAACAUCCCCUGUAAAAAUUGCGGGGCGAACGUCAUCGUUGGAGGCAGCAAGGCGCCGAGAUUCGCCAAGUGGGAGUCCCGCGAGCGUAGGUACAGGUCGCAAGAGGAGGCUGCCUCGGGGACGGCCGCGGACGCUGGAACCGGAAGCACCAGUUCCGUUCAAGGUGAACAGCAAUGGCGAACCGAAAAGCACGGCGCGAAGCAGGGAAAACGUCUGAAUACCUCGAGGAGAACCAGAAGCGCCGAGAGACCGGAUUCCCACUACACUUACAUAGAUUCCGCUUCCAGUAUAGUUGGCAACGGGAUUCGCGAGAACGUCAUUCCCGAAGCAUUGUACGCCAGUAUCAAUGGAUCUCCAAACCGAACUGCCAAUUCCAGCUCAUUGUCGUCGCAUAACUUGCAAGGCAACGUACAGAACAAUCACUCCCAACCAGUCUACGCGGUACCUUCGAUGACAUCACCGCCGCCGACGUACGACGUCGCCAUGUGGCAGUCGGGCCUGCCGCCUUCUUACGAGGAGUACCUUUGCCACAAACACGCCGUUAUUUCGCGAUCGCACACGCCGCCGCCGCCGUGGUCAGACGCCACGCACAGCGUGAGCUGUUCGGAGGAACAUCAGCGGGAGCAAUCGAUCAGGGAGAUUUUGAGCCACUUGGCAAAUUCCCACGCCCAAGUGAUGACCCAACUACAAGCGCAGGCUCAAGUUGUUGCCCAUGCAAAGCUCUACAACAACAAGUUGCAGACCUUGGGGUCUCGUCAGCAACAAAGGGUCCCGAGGGAGUCGAACGCGCCGUCCUCCAUCACCGCCGCAUCGGGCACGGCGACUACGUCGAAUCAACAAUUAACACGAGAUCAGGCGGGCAGGACGCAAAGGGCCAGAACCGCAACAUCGAGAUCGCAGAGCGAGAGUCGGGCUCGUCAACAGCGAAUCGCUACGAUGUACGAAGACGGUGCAUUUUGUAUGGAGACUACGGCGAUUCAAUCGGCCUUUGAACACGGCGUGGCAUUUUGCAGUCUCAUGUAAUGGGAGAAGAAUGAAAAAAAAAAAAAAAAAAAAAAAACCCCCCCGAGCUACUCCUGCCGCGCUGCCGUGCAAUCGAAUCGGAACCUCCGUUUCCCCCCAUCUUCCAAUUCUCCCCGUUCCUAUGCAAAGUAUUUUUUACACGAAUACUAUUGUAUAUUCACGCCUAAUAUACCGAAGCGGGUUAAGCCGGCGGUGCACAGAUCGAUGAAUCUGGGGUGACGACGUCGUUCGCACGAUUUUAUGUUUCUCUUUUUUCCCUUUUUUCUUUUUCGCCUCUCGUCAAUUUUCAUCCGAACUUUGAUUAAUUAUACUUCGGCACCGUAUAAAAAACUUUAUCCGAUGUACGUACGUAUACGCGUACCACACUCGUCUGCGCGAUGCGUGCGUACGAUGAAUAUAAACUUUUUGAAAUAAAUAAUGAAAAUAUCGGUGACUCGGAGAUAUACGUUUGAUGUUAUGGGUGAAUUUUUCCUUCGUUCAGUUUUAUUCAAUGUUUCCAAAAAAUUUCCGCGCGGAUACCAAUGAACGUGCCAAAUGAUCGAUUACUCCCAGAGUUCUGUGAGUCGAAGUUUAUUUUUCAAUGAUACCACAUCGGUUGACAUCUCAAUUUCGUUUUUGAGGUAUUUUUCUUUUCUAUUUCUUUCUUUCUCCUGAUUCCAAUCAUCGCGAUCGGAAUAAUGAUGACAUACGGUGAUAAAUGUUACUGUAACAAAUAUAUUAUAAAUGUUAACCGAGUAUGUAAUAGAAUAUAUAUAUAUAUAAAUAUAUUAUACUACAAUAUAUAUUAUAUUGAAUCAUAUAUGAUAUUUGAUAUAGAAAUUUACAUUAACGUUUUAGACGUGAGCAAAAUAGACUGUCCUAACGGCAUACAAACAUACAGUAGAGUGUAAAGUUGGUGUUGAAUAAAAAAAACAAAAAAAAAAACGAAAAAAAAAUGAACAAAAAAAUCAAUUUAAGAAAGAAUAUAUAUAUAUAUUAUAUAGAGUUAAAAAAAAAAAAGUGUUACUUAGAAUUUAUUGUUAGUAUUAUUAUUAAUUUAUUAAUAAUAAUAUUAUCAAAUUAUAUGACGGUAUAAGUGACCACGAAAAAAAAUGUUACAUGUCGAUUACUAAUCAAAUACGUGCAAUUCCGAAUAUUGAUUAAAUAAAAAUAACUGCAGUCAGGUCUACGAAAAACUUACCCGGCUCAAGCUAGCCUCAGCUUUUACUAUAUCUACACCCGAAGUAUUUUUUGCGUAAUUUAUUGCAAUCGAAUAUUUAUAUAAAACUGAUCAGGCUAAGAUUUGAAAAUGAAAGAAACUCGAAGAAAUCAUACACAACAAAACGAACGAAAAUAAAAAUAUUGAACAAAAAAACAAAAAAAAACGAUAGAAGUAUGUGAAAAAUUAUAAAGUGAAACGAAAAAUAAUCAGCACAAGCAAUAUGAGCGAGUGUUGCUAUAGAGAUAUUUGCACUACCAUAUUGGUACUAUAGCAAACGUGUGAUAAAUUUAAUGGAAGUCGCGAUUAAAUAAAUUCUACAUAUGAGAAUUGGUGAAAUCAAAAGGGACGCUCAGAAGUAUCUCUUUACAUGGGCAACAUUCUGAAGUGUAUUCGAAAAUUGAAAGAAUUUUGAUCGAUAAGCAAUAAGAGAAAUGUGGUAUAAAUUGAAUGUAAGAAUGUACAAAAUUGCAUUUUAUAUACACGAGAAUUAUCAUUUUAUAUACGAUAGCAUGCGAAAUAUUGAGAGAAGGAAUGUAAAAAAAAAAAAAACCCUGAGGUUUUUCAAAAUUAUCGUUAUCGACUUACUUGAUUUUAUUGUUGACUUACGGCAUUGUUAUAUUUAUUCAAUUAUAUCUAAUACUAUAAUCGAUGCAUUCGCUCGAUUUUCAAUCGUUCAAAUUCAUGGAUUCAAUACAUGUCAAUUUUUUCAAGGGAAAUAUUUUCUGUGUAAAUACCUGCGAAUAAUAUGAUUAUCGAAAAAUGAUAAACGGAGAUGCAGAUUUUCCUAGCGUAAAGUACCUGCACACGCUAAUGCAAGCAAGAAACAUAAUUUAAAGUUAAUAUGAUAUUACGAAGAGUAUUAUUGGAGUACAUAAAAUAUUAAAUGUCGUAGGUCUAUAUGAACAUGAGUAUAUAAGAAAUAAUAUUAUGAUAACAACAAUGCGUUUGCAUUUACGCGUUAUAUGCAUAUGUACUAGGAUGGUCCAUAUUUUGGAUGUUUUCGAAUUUUGACAAUCAAAAGUUUGGAAGUAUAACCAAAAUAAGGACCAACCCGAUAUGCACAUACCUAGCUAUUAUAGCGAAAUAUAUUAUUGUGAACCUUGCGUUAAGAUUAAUUCUACUGCGGACCAUAUUUGAUAGACUUACCUAAGAUAACAUGACGAUGAAUAUUCAAUUCUAUUUAGGAUAUUGUAUUCGCGAAAGAGGAAAAGGUGGCACUUUGAAAACAAGUAAUUAUUCCGUGUUCGCAAUUUAAUUAAAGCCGACUUUUUCAUUUUCACAAUUUUUCAAUACUAACAUUCCAUAAUAUUUUGCACGCACCAGUAUCAGUGUCCCGUAGGCAAUACUCUAUAAGUGUAUAGAAAAUGAAGGAGAAAAAUAAGCGAAUGGAAAAAUGGAUUUAACGUGACUCUAUGCUCACGUCCAUGAUAUUGAUAAUUAAUUUUCUUACACACCGAAUGCUGUCUUGCUGGGAGAAGAAAUAAUAUGAUAAUUAACAAUCAUGUGUAAUAUCACCGCUGCCGAUUACAAAAAAAAAAAAUAAAUAAUUAAAGAAGAAGACAACUAAAUAAAAGAGAAGAAUAGAAGACAUCAAUAUAUAUUUCUGGUGGUUCAAAAAUUCCAGAAUUAAAUCGUACGCAAUUAUAUACAAUUAUGAAUAUUAAUCAAUGUCACAUUUCUAAAAUGAAUGAGUUUGAAAAUAAUGCCAACUUUGAUAAUGAUCAAUCAGUCAAUUCGCGCAAACUGCAGGUGAUCGUGAUGAUAUGAUUACGAUGAUGGUAUAAUUGGUAAACUUGAAUUUUCUACGGAUCUUUAUAUAAUAUAUAUAACUAUAUAUUGUAUUUGAUUCAGAGUUUAAUUUAUGCAUUACGAAUAUUGUUAAUAUUAUAAUGUACGCGUCAUUUACAGAUGCAGAACUAUUAUUCUGUAAAUAUGCAAAUGAUGGAACGCAUAUUCAGUACAUCUAUGGUACAUCCAUGUACAUCAUACAUUUAGUGAGCUGAUCUGCAGAACUGCAGUUAAAAGAGGAAAUUUAAUAUGUUAGAGACAUUAUACUAUAUGUUGUGUGUAUGAUAUAUGUUUAGAGGACCAAAUACAUAGUCUACAGAUGUAAUUUGGAUGAUUCUCAUUUCAUUCCCUCAUCAUUUCUAGAAUCAAGCACCUUGUAGAAUGCAACCGGUUUCUCAGUUGCAACAUUUGUGGGCCCAGCAUGCACACACAAUGGUUCUGCCUACGGCUCCCAGGUGGAGGGAUGUAAAAGUAAAAAAGAAAUGAAAAGACAUCGUCGUGAUCUCUAGUGCCCUCUUGAAUUGAAAGAGUAAACUGACAGAGAUGUACGUAUGAGUUUUCACAUCCUGCCACACGUUUCUGGGUUAACUGUUAAAAUAUCUUGUUGUCUAUAAAUAUACUGCUUAAUAAUUGCAGAGAAAUAAUAGUAUUAGAAGAGUGAGUGUGGAUUCAUAUCAAACGGUGUUUAAUGUACAUAUCGGAUCGACCUGGAGCACUAAAAUCGAAACCCUUCCAAAC